UUAGUUCCAGUGACAUAUUUCCUCUUUUCGAAUCGUUUGCUGGGAGCUUCUGGCUUGUGUCGAGGUUUAAAUUAUUCCGUUCCUUUCUUUAUCCGUUAACAAUUUCGUUUUCAUUUCUUUUAGUUUCACUUUCCUUUCUGCUGUAGUUUCAUUUUUUUUUCGAAGAACGCUUUUGUUUUUGUUUUUUGACUAAAGACAGCAAGUGGAGUCCACCCGUGUCGGAUCCGUCUGAAUAAUAUCAAAAAAUCUUCGACAGAGAAACUGAAACUAUGCCACUGAAGAAGACAGUCGGAGGAAAAAUGGCUGCAAAAAAGAAAACGAAGGCUAAGACAGCUAGACCAAAAGUGGCUUCAAAAAAGAAAACGAAGGCUAAUACAGUCAGAGCAAAAUCAGCUUCGAGAAAGAAAACAAAGACUAAGCCAGUAGAAGUGAAUCAGGGACCAAAAAAAGGAAAAAAAGUUACAGUUCAAGGAAACAAGCCUGCACCUCCCAAAAUGAAAGCAAAUCCAAACACAGGAAUGAAGUCAACAAACAACAAACCAAAAGCUGGUGCAGUGAAAAGAGUGGUGGGACCGCAGAAGAGAAAAAAUCCUAAUCCAGCAGAAGGCCAGAAUCUAGCAAAAAAGAAGAGAAAGUCUCCAGCAUGUAAUACGCAAAGCAUGUCCGUGAUGGCUCUUCCUAAAGUCCAGCGAUCAAUUGCAUCUCCUCCGACCAUUCUUCCUGUUUGUAUGAGUCAGUUCCGAUUAAGUGAUUCACAAAAGUGCGAUAAAGGUAACGUCACGGUUCAAACAUCUGCCAGGAGCGAUUCUUGCCAGCCUUCAGGUGGCCCAAUGAAUCGAUUUAAUAACGGUGACGCGAUCAACCAAGGAGUUACUAACAAUGCUGCAGUGUGUGCACAGAGAGAUAAGAUAGACAACUCUCAAUCUGGAAGCGACAAUAUUCAAGAUGAAAACCUGUUGUUUCUAAGGAAAAACAAUGUUAAGUUAAUCGACAGGCUAAAAAAUGUCGUCGAAAUCCUUGAUCGCCUCCAAUUAACCAACGAAAAAGCAGCGAUAGUGCGAGCAGAGAAGAUCAGGAGAGGAUGAGGAAGCUUCUGGAGUUCACGACCAGCACACAUGGUGCAGAACGUCUAGUCACAGCCUUGUGGAGCUGCGCAAGCGAUGUCAUGGAAGACCUGACCAACACCAACUUGUCAUGUGUUUUGUUUAUGCUUAGGAAGAUCAACGAAUAGAUUCCAGCUCUGACGCAUCACUUCGAUUUCAUCGAUGAGUGAACGUCAACGGGUCAUAUCAUUUUUCUAAUGUUUUUAUCUAAAGUUGUUUGUUGUCUUAUUUUAUUAUUAUUAUUUUAUUUUUUUAUUUUUUUUACAUACAUGUAUUUUUCUAUACCCAAGAUGUGACUUCUGACAUGAAGUUAAAAAAAAAAGGGAAAUUUUUAUAUCAGGUUCUUAAAUAAUGUUUUUAAAGAAAUUGCUGACAAUCAAGCUCAAACUUUUUCCAUCUCAAGCAAAGUCUAUUUUAUGCAAAUAAUUUAAGCAGUGGGUCUUCUUAGACAUGUUACCUGUUUAGCUAAGUUCAAUUGAACUCUUUAUUAGUCGUACUCUAAUACGCUAAGUGAUGCACCUCCACCCACUUUUUAACAAAAGAUUAAAUAGUAAAGACAAUUUUUCACAGCCUUCUUUGCUCAUAUUUACCAAGUCUGCCAAUAUUAGUGGAGGCCACUGUAUGUAAAUAAAUAAAUAAAUUAAAUAAAUAAAUAAAUAAAUAAAACUAUACAAAAAUG